AUGAGCAACCGGCUGUGUGUGCUGCUCUUCUGCCUGCUCCUGGCUGCUCGCAGCUCUGCACAGCAGCCCAGUGAAAGGCAUCAUUUUACCUGUGGUGGAAAUCUAACUGGAGAAAAAGUGGACUCCUGGGAAGUGAAGGGUUUCCUGGAGUUUACCCACCUAAUAGCAAGUGUACAUGGAGGAUUACGGUUCCAGAGGGUAAAGUGGUUGUCUUGACAUUCCGUUUCAUUGACUUGGAAAGUGACAAUCUCUGCAGAUAUGACUUUGUGGAUGUUUACAGUGGUCAUUCAAAUGGACAGCGCAUUGGGCGAUUCUGUGGUACUUUUAGACCCGGAGCUCUUGUAUCCAGCAGCAACAAGAUGUUGGUCCAAAUGGUGUCAGAUGCCAACACAGCAGGGAAUGGUUUCAUAGCAAUGUUCUCAGCAGCAGAACCCAAUGAAAGAGGGGAUCAGUACUGUGGAGGAAGGCUGGACAAACCUAUUGGAACUUUCAAAACUCCAAACUGGCCUGAUAGAGACUACCCAGCUGGUGUCACAUGUUCCUGGCAUAUUGUUGCACCUAAACAUCAGGUUAUAGAAUUAAAGUUUGAGAAGUUUGAUGUGGAAAGAGACAAUUACUGCCGGUAUGAUUAUGUUGCAAUAUUCAAUGGAGGAGAAAUAAAUGAUGCUAAAAGGAUUGGGAAGUUCUGUGGGGACAGUCCACCUGCGCCUAUUGUAUCUGACAAAAAUGAACUGCUAAUUCAGUUUUUAUCUGACUUAAGCUUGACUGCUGAUGGCUUUAUUGGUCAUUACAAAUUCAGACCUAAAAAGUUACCUUCAACUACAUCUGCUCCUGUGACAACAACUGUUCCUACCACUACAAGUCUAAAACCAACUGUUGUACUCUGCCUACAAAAGUGCAGAAGGAGUGGAUCCCUGGAGAGCAAUUACUGUUCAAGUAAUUUUGUGAUCACUGGCAUGGUUAUAACUACAGUAAUCAAAGGUGGAAGUGUACAUGCAACAGUGUCCAUUAUCAAUGUUUACAAAGAAGGGACACUGGCCAUCCAGCAGGCCGGAAAGUCAAUGAGUGUCAAGAUCAUUGUGGUGUGCAAACAGUGCCCACUGAUCAGGAGAGGCUUGAAUUAUAUUAUCAUGGGUCAAGUAGAUGAAGAAGGCAGAGCAAAGGUCUUUCCCAACAGCUUUGUCAUGAGCUUCAAGACGAAGAACCAAAAAAUGCUGAACACAUUGAAAAAUAAGAGAUGUUAG